UACCAUAUAUAUAUGUGUUGAACCAAGAUGCUGAGAGUAAAAAAAGGCAAUGGAGAAGACGCACCAGAAGCAGUUUGUGCUCGUCCAUAGCGUGUGCCAUGGCGCAUGGACUUGGUACAAGGUGAAAACGCAGCUGGAGGAUGCAGGUCACUGUGUCACAGCAGUGGAUCUGGCUGCAUCGGGUACAAACAUGACAAAAGUUAAAGAGAUUCAGACUCUGAAGGAUUACAGCAAACCAUUGCUUGAAUUUCUGAGCUCGCUUGGCUCAGAUGACGAUAAGGUGAUUCUUGUUGCUCAUAGCAUGGGAGGAAUACCAGCUGCACUUGCUGCUGACACUUUCCCUUGUAAAGUUGCUGCCAUUGUCUUCUUGACAGCUUUCAUGCCUGACACAAGAAACCCACCAGCUUAUGUAUACGAAACGUUUCUCAGAAGCAUACCACAAGAGGAGUGGUUAGACACCACGUGUGGAAACUAUGGGGAACCUGAUUGUCCUCUACAGUAUACACUUUUAGGACCAGAGUUCAUGACCAAGAAAAUGUAUCAACACUCUCCUAAUCAAGAACUUGAAUCGGCGAAAAUGUUGGUGAAGGCAAACCCGUUAGUAACAAACAAUCUAGCAGGGACAAGAAGCUUCAGUGAGGAAGGAUACGGAUCCGUUACACGUAUAUACAUUGUAUGCGGAGAGGAUUGUGUGGUGUCAGAAGAUUACCAGCGUUGGAUGAUCAUGAACUUUCCACCAAAAGAAGUAAUGGAGAUCAAAUGUUCUGAUCAUAUGCCAAUGUUCUCCACUCCUCAAGAAGUGUGUGCUCUUCUCCUUGAGAUUGCUGAUAAAUAUUGCCUAAAUUAACCUGGCACUGCAAAUGAGUUACCAACUACAGCUUCCACCAAUAAGAAUAAGUCAUAUGAGAGAAUGCAUCUAUAUGUAUAAGAAAUAAGCAGAGUGAUUUCUAAAUAAGAUGAAAAUAACAGAAUAAUGUGGCUUCUCGAACCCUUCAUUGGAUACAGAAGACAGUAGUUAUUGUU